CUUACGGAGCUUUAUGGAAGAAGCAUUUGUUAAUUGAUUUGGAUGUGGCUUACUUGGAGGAGAAGUUUGCUGGUCACUUAACGUUAUGAAUACUUCGGGAGAGUAUUCACUGCUUCUUCAUUUUGGUUCAGUUUUGAUCCUUUUUGCCUUCAGCUUAUUAGGCAUUUGUUUGCCUCUCCAGCACCAAGUUGCCUCUGCAUUGUUUCGCUCUCCCAAUAUUUUGCUGUUUGCUCGUGCCUUUGGAACUGGCAUAGUUCUUGCCACUGGAUUUGUUCACCUACUGGGUCACGCAUAUGAACAUGUUAGCCUUGUCGAUUUGCAAGGUUUGACCUCAGGAAUUGUCGGUUUAGCUGCUCUAGGUGGAGCUGUAUUUGUGCAGUUUGUCGAAUUUGUCGCUACGAGAGCCAUUGAAGGUAAAAAACUGGAACUGCGUGAAAACUCCGUUGAAGAAUCGAGACCUAUACAUCAACAGACUAAAAACUAUAGCAACCUGGAAGUGACUGAGUCAAAUAAUGACAACAGAAACAAAGUGUUUGAAGGACGAGUUCCGACUGGUGAAUCUUCCUUUUCGAAAAACUCUGGAGAAUGUAUUUCCUCAACACAGAAUUUAAGUUCUUCGCACGUCACAGAUGUAUUUGAGCAUUGUCAUUCAAGAAGUAAUCAUAGUCAUGCUGCAUAUAUUGAUCAUGUUCUUAUACAUUUCAGUCAGUUCUCCGAUCGACACAUUGUCAUUAUUAUCCUGGAGUUUGGUAUUGCGUUUCAUUCUUUUAUGAUAGGAACUGGUUUAGGAGUCGUGGAAGAUAAAGAGUUUGCGGCUUUCUUUGUCACUUUAUCUUUUCAUCAGUUUUUUGAAGGGAUGGCUUUAGGUUCUGUUAUUCUACAAGACCUGAAUAUUCUUUCAUGGCGCUUUGUGCUCGUUUCUGCUACCAUCUUUAGCACAAUGACUCCAUUAGGAACUCUGUUUGGUAUUAUUCUGGAAGGUUUAGGGGUUUCUUUCUUUUCUAGCAGUUUAUUUCGAGGUCUAGCGGAUGCUAUAUCCGCAGGUGUUCUUAUAUAUACAGGAUUGGUAGAACUGCUGACAUAUCAGUUUACUUCGAGUUUGGAGUUUCGAAAAGGUCGACUAUCGAUUGUACUCGUUGCGUAUCUUUUCAUGCUGUUUGGUGUUUGUAUCAUUAUGUUAAUUUCCUUGUUUUCGUAAAAGUUCAAGUAUAACAAACAAAUUGUACGCAUAGAAUAGUUUCUGCAGUCACAAUAUGUUAUCAUACACACACGUGCUUAUAUGAAUAAAUUUCGCAUUUUAUAU